AUGUGUGCAUUAAAGUGCGUUGUUGAGGGCUGCAACUUGGAAUAUGAUGUAGUUUGCAGCUUCUCGUUCUACAAUGCCAACAUAUCUUCGGAAAAUGAAACCAAACGACAAGAGUGGAUCGAGGGUGCUAUGCAUGAGGAGAGCGAAUGCCUCUGGCGGCACGUCAGCUUGCAGCUCUGUGGGUACCAUUUUGAACUGGACAACCAGGGAUUAUGGAUUGACUCCCCGAUGUUGCCAGAACUCCUGACCGCUCAGGAGGCGGCAGCGGCUCCGACCCGUACACCCAGCGAGGCAGAUAAGAAAGUGAUGGAUAUAAUUCGAAUGGAGCACAAUUACAGCGCGGAACCUGUUAAGCAAGAAUCGGAGGCCGUGUCCCGUCUCAACGUCAGACAACUGGUCGACACCCUGGGAUACCUGUCCCUGAAGAAUCUGCAACGGAAGCAACUGUGGGUUGUCAAGGUUGAAACUGAGAAGAGCGAAGCAUCCAUCACUCAAGCGGAACAAGUCAUCACCAAGAUGCAAGACCCGAAGCAAAUCAUAGAGAUCAUACCGCAGACUUCAAGCGCUGACACAUCGACGUCACAAAGCGAAGUCUUACACAUAAUGGACGACGGACAGAUCCCAGACAAUUUCAUCUACGAAAUAGCCCAAGAACAAGAAAUAACUAUGGAGGAAGUCAAAGAAAUACCAGCAUCGGAGAACAGGGAAUGGAUGGUGAACAUAAUACCCGAGGACUCUAAACCGAAGUACGCUUACAUCAAACAUUGCAGUACUGGAAAAAAGAAAAGGCAUUUCACCGCAGAAAUGAACGAGAUAACCUUCCAAGGAGACUUUGAGAACUACUACAUAUUGCCAGACGUAGAUCCUUCGGUCGGUGUGGAAAUCACCACGAGCUAUGAACCAGAGAAUUAUAUAGUCGAGGAAUACGAGCAUUUGGUUCUUGAGGAACGACCUAGAAAACGGACAAAAGAAACUCCGGAUUCAUCGAAGAAAAAGAAGAAACGGUUCUCUGCAGUCCGGGAUCAAGUCAAACAGAUACAGUUGAAGAACGAAGAGCAGGAUUGGGUCAUCGAUAACAGUAUCACUUACGAACAAGACGGUGAAGAAUAUGAAGAUCCGAAGAAAGCUCGAGUCAGACGGAAAAACAAAAAUCCAUACCGGCCGGUGUGA